ACCCAAGAAAGAGUGAUCCAGUGAUGGAAAAGGCAGUGCUUUCGCCUUCACUAGAAACGUCGAACGCGCGCACGACCGAUCCUCCUGUUUCAUAAAUCAUAAAGCAUAAAUCAUAAGUUUAGCUCCUUUUUUGUUUAUUUAUUUAUUUUUUCCGACUCUCACAGGAGAAAGAAUUCCAUGGCUAGGGUUCCAAAGAAGAAUAGUCGUGAUGAAGGCAUGAACUUCCAGGGGUUUUUAAAUGACUUGCAAGAUUGGGAGCUAUCGCUGAAAGAGAAAGACAAAAAAUUGAGAGCUCAAACUUCGGAAGAGACAAAGGCUCUCCCUACCCAGAGAGUAGGUAUGAAAAAUGCAAGUCAACUUUCUAGUGAACCUGGAAUUGGUGGGAGAGGAAGACAAUUAAAAGAACAGGUGUUUUCCCCUCAGAAUACUGCAGCGGUAGGCAGAGAUAAAGGGCCAGGGGGAGAAAGUCCGUCAGUUCAUUAUUCAAGAAAUAGCAAGUAUAGAUUUGACUUCUCAAGAAACUUUGAUGCAGUUAACAAAUUAUCAAGCAGCUAUUUGAAUGCAGAAGACUCUCCAGAUGCUACUUCAGAGAAAGAGCUGGGCAAUGAAUAUUUUAAGCAGAAGAAGUUCAAUGAAGCGAUUGAUUGCUAUUCAAGAAGCAUUGCAUUAAUGCCUACUGCAGUAGCUUAUGCAAAUAGAGCCAUGGCCUACCUCAAAAUCAAAAGAUUUGAAGAAGCUGAAGAUGACUGCACAGAGGCCUUAAAUUUAGAUGAUCGUUACAUCAAAGCAUAUUCACGACGUGCAACAGCCAGAAAAGAACUUGGUAAACUUAAAGCGGCCAUUGAAGAUGCUGAGUUUGCCCUGCGUCUAGAGCCUAAUAACCAAGAACUGAAGAAGCAGUAUGCUGAGUCUAAAGCUUUGUAUGAUAAGGAGAUUCUUAAGAAGGCCUCUGGAAUAGCAAGAAAUGCCAUUCAAGGAGAGACUGCAGCUCAAGUGGAUCGUAUGAAGGGAACUGAUGGAAAAUUUCCUAGCAAGCCAUCAAUCAUUGUCCAGGAAAUAAAGAGUAAGACUACAGUAGGUGGGACCAGAAGUUGGAUAAAAGAAUCAGAUGGAUCUCAAGAAGAUGCAACCUUGAAGUCUAGUGCAGACACUUUUAAGGGAAGUCAUGCUGUUGAUAAGAGGGAAGAGCUUAAAACAUCUGUGCAAGAGCUAGCUUCCAGAGCAGCUUCUCGAGCCAUGGCUGAAGCUGUAAAAAAUAUUACACCACCGAAGUCUGCUUACGAGUUUGAGGUUUCUUGGAGAGGACUCUCUGGGGAUCGUGCUCUACAAGCUCGUUUGCUGAAGGUUAUAUCACCACCUACCUUACCACAACUGUUCAAAAAUGCAUUGUCUGCUCAAAUAUUGGUUGACGUUGUUAGCUGCAUAGCCACGUUUAUCAUGGAGGAAACAGAUCUAGCAGUCAGUUUUUUGGAUAAUUUGACCAAGAUCUCACGAUUCAGCAUGAUAAUUAUGUGUCUCUCUGCCUUGGAGAGGGAUGAUCUCCGCAAGAUAUGGGACGAAGUAUUCUCUCACGAGGGGAUGGGUGUAGAGUAUAGAGAGACGCUUAGUAGACUGCGUCCCAAGUACAUCCCCACAUCUCAUACCUGAUGCACCACCUGGAGCCCCCAAUGUUUUAACUUUAACGUUAACCCAAGGAGAUGUCAUGACUUGUGCCUUGUGAGGGGUUGAGAACUCGUAUAAGAUGUAAAAGAACCGGGUAUAUAUGGUAGAUUUAGACUAAAGCGCUCUAUUGUUUAACUUCAACACUUUAAGCUUUGUAAAAGGGCUCAGAACUUCAUGGUGAUGCAAUUUGCUUCCUCCGCUAAUCAUGUGGCAAAAAACAA